CUUUCUGUUUCUCUGAUAAGAGACAACGAAAUUCACUAAGUAGAACCCUAAAUUACACUUCUGGAUAUGAGUGAUACAAUGCCUGAGAACUCUCAAGAACAAGAAGAGAAUGUGUUAAUUUCAUUAGACAUUGAAGAAGACAAGUUGUUUCUCUUACAUUUCAUCAUAGGAACUUACUUUGGACCAGAUUUAAGAAACCAUCAUCGUCCCAAGCAAUCAGCAUUUCAGAUUCAAGCGUCGAAAAAUCUCGUGGUAGAUGAGUUAAGUGGCUCACUUAUGAAGAGAGCUGAGCUAGAACGUGUGUAUUAUCACAUUCUCAGAAAUGUUGAUCCGUCUCUAAUCAUGAAGUCGAAAAAGUUACGUGAAUACUUCAAUGGGAAACGCAAUGUUUCGAAUAGGGAUUACCCUUUUUUCGCUGAUCUUUUUCCGCGAAAACUGCACCCUGAAACCCAUGUUAGGCAUAAGUUUAAGUUUAUCAGGAGCAUUAUGUUCAUUAAUGAUCCAGAUACUUCUUGUAUGAGAGAAGAAUGUGUUACUCGGUUUAAGCGGCUUACGGGAUUGGAUAGCUUUGCUUUGAGCCUUAGUGUUGAUGUAACUGAAGCUAACGGUGUUGCAGUUAGUGAGGUUAAGGAUGAGAUUGAUGAGGGCGUGGAACCGUGUUUAGAAGUGCCUAUUACAUGUGCUGGUAAUGAGAAUGCGGGUACUUGUAUUAGCGGUGAAGAAAGUGAUGUUGGUGCAAAACCUGAGGCGACAUCUGAAGCUCAGGGUGGACUAAUGGUGGGACUGAUGGACAUUGGUGAAUGUGAUGACGCUUAUCUCUUCCGUGUAUCGCUUCCCGGUGUGAACAGAGAUGAAAGAGAUUUUAGCUGUGAAGUAGAAGACAAUGGGAAGGUACUAGUUAGAGGAGUCACUACAACAGGCGGGAAGCAAGUUCAACGGUAUUCUCAGGUGUUUGAAAUGCAAACACGGAAUCUCUGCCCGCCCGGUCACUUUUCUGUCUCGUUUUGCCUCCCGGGCCCUGUCCAUCCGCAGGAGUUUUCUGGCAACUUUGGAGCGGAUGGGAUUUUUGAAGGAAUCAUAAUGAAAAAGUUGCAGAAACAAACUGUGUAAUCGUAGUAGUAAUAGGAAUCGUCGGUUUUUGGUUAUGGGUAGCGUAAGUACUAGUAAAACUCGAGCUAAACCAUCUUGACAACCAUAUGUUUAUCUAUGUAGGUUUGAACAUUAAGUGAUCCAGCUUUUUGUAAGUUCAAUUCUCAGUUUGUAGUUUCUGGUUAUAACAUCCAUUUAUGAAAUCGGUAAAUUGACUGAAA